ACAGAGGGUAUUAUUGUCAGAUUCUCCAUAAGCCUCUUCUCUCUCUCUCAGAGUGUGGUGGUUUCAUACUAUUUAUGUAAAAGGAAGCAACGGGUGAGAAGAAUUAAAAAGCCGCAAUUUUGGGAUCAUAAGAGUUCUCUUCUUCAUCUGUGAUUCAUUCCGUUGUUACCCGCCAGGCACCAGCCACCGUACUUUUUCUCUCUCCGGCAAAAUCCGAGUCUAAAAAUGACGAGUAAAAGCAAAAUCCUGUUCAUCGGAGGAACGGGUUAUAUCGGGAAAUAUAUAGUGGAAGCGAGCGCAAGAUCUGGCCACCCAACCUUAGUUCUCGUUCGAAAUUCGACGCUCACAAGCCCUUCACGAUCCUCCACCAUCGAGAAUUUCAAGAACCUCGGCGUUCAGUUUCUCCUCGGAGACCUUGACGACCAUACGAGUCUCGUGAAUUCGAUAAAGCAAGCGGAUGUGGUCAUCUCUACUGUUGGGCACUCCCUCUUGGGACAUCAAUACAAGAUCAUCUCCGCCAUUAAAGAAGCCGGUAAUGUUAAGAGAUUCUUUCCCUCCGAGUUUGGAAAUGACGUAGACCGUGUUUUCACUGUCGAACCGGCCAAGUCAGCCUAUGCUACAAAGGCCAAAAUCCGGCGAACAAUUGAGGCCGAAGGAAUCCCAUACACUUAUGUCUCAUGCAACUUCUUCGCUGGCUACUUCCUCCCAACUCUAGCUCAGCCUGGUGCUACUUCUGCUCCACGGGAUAAGGUCAUUGUUUUAGGUGAUGGGAACCCCAAAGCUGUGUUCAACAAGGAAGAAGACAUCGGAACUUACACAAUCAAUGCCGUAGAUGAUCCAAGAACUUUGAACAAGAUCUUAUAUAUUAGGCCACCAAUGAACACUUACUCAUUCAAUGAUCUUGUCUCGCUUUGGGAGAACAAGAUUGGCAAAACACUUGAAAGAAUCUACGUUCCAGAAGAACAACUCCUCAAACAGAUCAUAGAAUCAUCACCCCCACUCAACGUGAUGCUAUCCCUUUGUCACUGCGUUUUCGUGAAAGGAGGACACACAAGCUUUGAAAUCGAACCUUCUUUCGGGGUAGAAGCUUCUGAGCUUUACCCUGAUGUCAAAUACACUACUGUUGAUGAAAUCCUCAACCAAUAUGUCUAAAGCUGAGUGCUUAACGAGAAUGACUCUCCACAAUUUGUAUUUUGGGUUUUAAAUAAGUGGCUAUUAACCUGUCUGUUUCUCCGGCUAAUCAAACCGAAGUGGUGGUUUAUUUUGAAUGUAAGGCUUUAGAUCCGGUUAAUAUUGGUCCACAAUUAGUGUCAUGUAUCAUCGUUUACUACACGGUCCAGUAUUCACGGGUUUAGAAGCGGCAGCCGGUAUAGUCGAAGUAGUAGUCUGCUUUCGGGUCUAAUUAGUAAAGCAACAGAUUAUAGAUCAUAUUGCAAAUCAU